GGAGGAGGAGAAGAGGAGAGAAAAGGCGGCUCCCCGGCGGGGCUGACGGGCAAGAAGGAGGCGGACCGCCCGGGGGUGUGGGGCGCGGAGCGGCUGUGGGACAGCGCGGAGCGGCCGGGUACGGCGGCCACGGCAGCCAGGGCCUGGGCCGCGGUUCGGUAGCGCCGGCCGAACUGGACUGGCCACUAUGGCGGAGGGGCUGCAGCAUUCGCACUGUGUGAACUGUGUCAGUAGACGGUGUAUGACCAGACCAGAGCCUGGGAUUUCCUGUGACCUGAUUGGUUGUCCGUUGGUUUGUGGGGCAGUCUUCCAUUCUUGUAAAGCUGAUGAGCAUCGACUUUUAUGUCCAUUUGAACGAGUGCCUUGCUUAAAUAGUGACUUCGGAUGUCCAUUUACAAUGGCUCGUAACAAAGUGGCUGAACAUCUAGAGACAUGUCCUGCAAGUGUGGUGUGCUGCACUAUGGAGUGGAACCGAUGGCCGGUUAGUUAUGCGGAUCGGAAGUCGUAUGAAAAUCUAAGCAGAGAUGUGGAUGAAGUGGCACAAUUAGAUAUGGCCUUGGCCCUUCAAGACCAAAGGAUGCUCUUAGAAUCUCUCAAAGUAGCCACCAUGAUGUCAAAAGCGACUGAUAAAGUAUCAGAACCUAGAGAACAAAUAUCAGUUAAAUCAACUCUUCCAGAGAUACCACAUGCUAAUGGUUUGGUGUCUGUUGAUGAAGAAUCUUAUGGUGCACUUUAUCAAGCUACUGUAGAAACAACCAGAAGUUUGGCUGCUGCUUUAGAUAUCCUGAACACGGCCACAAGAGACAUUGGCAUGCUAAGUUCGAGCCUUCGUGCUUCUCCAGAUGAAAUGAAUGAAGAGGAAAAUGCCAGAGAAAGCUUACAGAACAGGAACUUGAAAGACCAAGACCAUCUUUCUGAGGAUGAGAUGGGAGCAGUUGGUGGUAUUGACCAUAGUGACCCAGGUCAGGAUGCCCAGUCUGAACAAAAUGGUUCAAGUGAUUUAUUAUGUGACUUGAAUACUAGUUCCUAUGGCACUUCGGCUCUUUGUAAUGGCCUUCCUUUGGAAAAUAUAUGUACACAGGUCAUAGACCAGAAUCAGAAUUUACAUGGCGAUUCAGAAGAAAGUAACUUAACAAAUGGAGAAUGUGUAGCAUCAGAUGGCACUUCAAAAUCUUCUGGUUCGCCUUUAGUAGCAGCACAGCUUAAGGAAGUAGUACCAUCUAAUGCUUUGCCUAACGGCACCGUUCAGCAUAUCCUCAUAUCAGACGAUGAGGAUGAAGGAGAAUUGCACUGGAGAAAAGUAGACUUGGGGGACUUGAGGAAUGUGGAUGUCUUACCUCUCAGCCAACCUCCUUCAUUCAAAUUUCUUUCUAAUGCAUGUUGGUCUAAACCAAGGGAAGAUAAAGCAGUAGAUACAUCAGAUUUGGAAGUUGCAGAAGACCCAAUGGGUCUCCAAGGAAUAGAUCUCAUCACAGCAGCACUACUGUUUUGUCUAGGAGAUUCUCCAGGUGGGAGGGGCAUAUCUGAUAGUCGCAUGGUUGAUGUUUGUCACAUUGACUUUGGAACUCAGACUUUCUCACUUCCAUCUGCAAUAUUAGCUACAAAUACAAUGGUUGGGGAAAUAGCUUCAGCUUCAGCUUGUGAUCAUGCCAACCCACAACUUUCAAAUCCAAGUCCUUUCCAGACACUUGGGCUAGAUUUAGUAUUGGAAUGUGUCGCUAGGUACCAACCCAAGCAACGUUCAAUGUUUACAUUUGUCUGUGGACAGUUAUUUAGAAGAAGAGAAUUUUCUUCGCAUUUUAAGAAUGUGCACGGUGACAUUCAUGCUGGACUCAAUGGCUGGAUGGAGCAGAGGUGUCCUUUAGCAUAUUAUGGUUGUACCUAUUCUCAGCGUAGAUUUUGCCCAUCAACACAAGGAGCAAAGAUCAUACACGACCGCCAUUUGAGGUCCUUUGGAGUUCAGCCGUGUGUAUCUACAGUGUUGGUAGAGCCUGCCAGAAACUGUGUGUUGGGAUUACGUAGCGACCAUCUAAGUAGUCUUCCCUUCGAGGUCCUGCAGCACAUCGCAGGCUUCCUCGAUGGCUUCAGUCUGUGCCAGCUCUCCUGUGUGUCCAAGCUGAUGCGGGACGUGUGCGGCAGCUUGCUGCAGUCUCGUGGGAUGGUCAUCCUGCAGUGGGGGAAAAGGAAGUCUCCAGAAGGAAAGUCAUCAUGGCAGAUCAAAGAAAAGGUAUGGCGAUUCAGUACUGCAUUUUGUUCUGUUAAUGAGUGGAAAUUUGCCGACAUCCUCAGCAUGGCUGACCACUUGAAGAAGUGCAGCUACAACAUUGUGGAGAAGCGGGAGGAAGCCAUCCCACUGCCGUGCAUGUGCGUGACGCGGGAACUCACGAAGGAAGGACGUUCACUCCGCUCCGUUUUAAAACCUGUACUUUAAAAACUGCAGCUCCUCUUGCACAUACCUGCAGGCACCAGUAUAACUUCUUUGUAAUAUGUGACGCUUUAUUAAUGUAUUAAAGAUUACAACUAGCUAAAUUUAUUUUCACUAUGUAUAUAAUGUUUUGAAGUGACAUAUAUUUUUAUAAAGUACUGUUUAGUGGGGGAAAAGUUGCCUUAAUGUUUGAGGUGUGUGAAAUUUUUGGAACUUGGACAGGGUGACUUAAUUUUUUGCUACAUGAUUUUCAGAAUUAGUAUUUUUAAUGGUGUGCAUAUUUUGGUUCUUAAUUUUUUUUUGCUUCUUAAACUAACAAGAUCCUGACCAAACAUAUUUCCUCAUGUUUUCUGUGGGCUACAACCCAUAUGUUCAAAAAGCAAAACUUUGAUUCACAUUCUUGCCGCAUACAUUUUUCAGAUUUAAAAGUUCAGUUGCUUAAGAUCAUUGUAAAGAUUUUGUCUUCUAGUGCUCCCCUUACGCAGUUAACAUGCAGAUGACCUCCGAUGCAAACUCACACCACAUUGAAAGUCGUGACUGUUUGGUAAUGCCAUUUACCGUGUUUUAAGAGCAGUUUACAAAGAAGUUUUCACCUUAGGUUUUACAGCUCUCAUUCAGAGAGUGGUCCCUAUGCCACUGUCCUGGUGUUAGACGCCACUUGCGUGUGAGACGCCACACCCAAAGACGCGUGGCCGUGUGUUACAUGACAGGUUAAAGCAGAGCAAACUGGCAAAAAGCCUGUGAAUUUAUUUUAAUUUGAAGCUCUUCGUGGUAUUAUUUGCUGGGUACUUGAUGUAAGAAAAGAAGAAAAUAUACCUCAUUUUAAGUUGGAAUUGGGCAUAUUGUGUAAAUAAAUUUCAGAUAUUCAGACUGCAAAGGCCUUAACUUUUUUAAUAAGCAUUUAAAAUUUUUGCUUUUCGUUUAUAAAAAUCACAAUUAUGUUAUUGUAAGAUAUUUAAAAAUGUGAAAUGUGGUGUCUCUGUAAGAUGACAAUCGUGAAAUGCAGAAGCUUAUCGUGGUUGACAAUCUCUUUAGAAGAGUUCCAGGUUAAUUUUCUGUAGACCUCUCCGUCAGAAGAGUAGGAGUUGCAUCUUUGUGUAAAGAUCAGGGUAUAAAAGGAAAAUAUUCAAAGACCUAUUCUUGAACUAUUUUAUUACAGUUUUCAAGUUGAUUAAUAUUAUUAACCUGAUGUGGUCAACUAAAAAAAUGAUUAUAUCAAUAUUUAGAAAUAAAUUGCAAAGAUGGGGACAUGUAUUUAAAUAAUUUGUUUUAAGUAACUUCUGGCAUUUGAUAGUCUGAAACGGUGACAAGUUACCUUGUUAUAAAAUACCAAAACUCUUUUGUGUAUUUUCUUCCUACAUUUGUCCCUGAGAGUGCUCCAUUGUUACUAGGUUCCUGAUUCCCAUAUAUGGCAAUCCGGCUGGGCAGAGGCAUUCCUUGGGCAUUAGAAAAGAAUUCUGAACUGUUUAGGACCUGUUUUGGUUGAAUCAAGGCCUUAUUACGGUUGAAAAAUAUAGCACUAAAGACUGAUCAGUUGUUUGGCCUCACCUGACAUUUUAAUUAGAAGAAGACUUAUUUCUCAGUGCAUAUAUUUUCUCUUUCAACUGCAACUAUAUGACAUAACCAGUCUCUAUUUCUGUGUGAAAAAGUCAGAAAUCAGAUAUCAAAUACUGUAAAAUACAGCUCUGCCUUUUAAAGUUUUGCUGAAGAAUGUGUCUGGUUAGGAUAGCACAAACAUUAACUUUUUGUUUUAUGGUUGUGCUUUUUAAAGUCCUUGGGUUUUAAAUUUAGAUUUCUUGUUUCUGUACUGGAUCAUGAGAUGUUUAACAUUUUUUCCACCUUAUAUUUCUUUUACACACCUUUGGCUGUUUUCUUUUUUGUUUGUUGUGCCACCAUACUAUUUUGUUAAAAAUGUUUUCUUUGUGCAACAUUUGUUCAAAUUCUAAUAAAAUUAAUAUUUCCCUUUAUAUGGCUCAGUAACUUAAAAAGCAAAACUUUUAUUUAAAUAAAACUUUAAUACUUGUUGGACAAAUUCCAAACACAUUCAUAUUGUUUCUAUAGAGUGGAUUUCUGCAUGUUAAUAGGAGUUGCUUGUUGAUUAUUACUCACCCAUGUUUUAUUGGUGAGCAUUAAACUUCUCUUUUAAUAUGGAAAAUUCAUUAGUUAACUCUCUGUGUUUCCUCAGUGUCUUCUUGAAAGUAGUCCCACCUAGGGGUAUUGAAAGGCUAAAGAGUUUACGGCAAUAUUAUUUUUCUAAAGUUUGUAAUGGGAACAAUUUAUCUAGCCUUUUAAGCAUGAAAAGAUUGUAUGUCAUCCAAGUAAACUGUCAUUUGAGAAGUCUUUGUUAUUUUGUUAGUGCUUGCUGACCGUCAAGAUAAAUGGCAAGUAUCAGGAUGGAGGGAAAUAAUCUGAAAUCACUUUUCUCUGCUGCCUCCUUUCCCAGAAUGACCUGUUAUUUUAGUUCUCC